AAAUAUAAAAAAGCAUUUAGAAAAUGUUUUAAAAUAUAUUUAAAAUGAGCAAGAAUAAGCAAUUGCGAUGUAAAAGAAAAAAUCUUAAGAAAGAGAGAGAGUGAACAGGAAAGAGGGAAAUCAGUGGAUCCUGAGGAAGGUGGAAUAGGUGGGGAGAGCAGAAUAAAGAGAGAGAGGUGAAGAAGGUCAUACAAAAGCCAGCUUGAACAAGUGAGUCUUCAGCUGCUUUUUAAAGGAGACCACUGAGUCCACUGAUCUCAGGCUCAGGGGGAGAGAGGUCCAGAGUCUGGGGGCCACAGCAGCAAAUGAUCUGUCACCUUUGACCUUUAGCCUGGUGCUGCUUUGAUCACUGGACCUCAGGGACCUGCUGGGGGUGUAGGGAAUAAGAAGAUCACCAAUGUAAGAUAGUGCUUGUCCAUGUAAGGUCCUAUAGACCAGAACCAGGAUCUAGAAAUGAACCCUGAAGUUGACUGGCAGCCAGUGAAGCUGGAGGAGAAGCGGGGUGAUGUGGGUGUGUUUAACUCUUUAAAAACUGACGUGUGUUUAUUUAUUUACACAGAAACUCUCAGGUGUUUCAAGGAUUUGAGUUUUCAAUGAAACUUAUUUGUGUUUGUUCAGUUUCAUCGAGCAUCCAUCCCGUUCAACACUACCUGGUGUGGUUGCUAGGCAACAGUGACUCUGCAGGAAGAGCCCGUGUAGGCUUACCUGUAAGGUGAGACGUGGAGGACAGCUGAAGACACUCGUGUUUGGACUCGGUUUGUUCUCAGACACGUUUGAACAUCAGCAGGUAAGUUCACCCUGCUGAGGACGUUUGUGGACGCGUCCUCCUCUGGAGGAGAUGUUGUGGUUUUCCUGCUAAAUACAUGUUGUUGUCCGCUGUAGCGCCACCUAGAGGAGAAGAGCUUUGCAUGGGUCAGAUGAGUUCUGGUUUAGUUGUGAUUAAAUGAAUACAAACGUUUGUUUCUUUUGAUUGUCAUAGGCUGCAUUUCAACGAGUUACUGAGAUAACUGGAAACAGGUGAGAAGCUCCACCAUCCAGGAGGGACUCCUCAUCAAAAGGAGUCAGCUGAGGUGAUUCUUGUUCAGAAGCCGCCUGGCCUUCUCCCUCUCACCCCUGACCCUAGUUUAGACGUAGAGAACCGGUGGAUGAAUGUCUGUUUGUGUGGUCAGACAGGAGCAAAGACGAUGGCUCUAGCUAGCGGUCACUGGUUGGACAAAGACGUGAGAGGACAAUCUCCAAGUCCUCGAAAUGGACACGCUUUAGCCGUGGCUGGAAACGUAGCUUUCCUGUUUGGAGGAGCCUGCAGCAUCGAUCCAGAGCACAGUCCUGUUUACCUCAGUGACUUCUACAUGCUAACAGUGACUCCUGAUGACAUCACCUGGGAGGAGAUACCUCAGAGUGGAGACGUUCCAUUGGCCAGAGCAGGACACACACUCUGUGUGGUUAAAGGGAAGUUGUAUCUGUUUGGAGGAUCUUCUAGUCCCGACACUCCGGAAUGUCUCCCAGGAGUUUACAGCUUUGACAUCGUGACCCUGACCUGGGAGUGUUUGGAAAGCGGUGGCGUGGCCCUCCGAGCCCUCGGACACAGCGCCGCUGCUGCUGGAGACAACAUCUACGUGUACGGAGGAGUUCUGAGGGGGAAUCCAACCGACAACCUCCUGGUUUUCAACACCGUGUCUCUGAACUGGACUCCGGUCAGAACCAGCGGAUCUCCCCCUCCUGCCCUAUGGGGUCAGAGCUUCGCUCCGGCGGGUGAUCGGGUCUACAUGUUUGGAGGUUUUGGAGCAGAAGGAGAGUUCUGUAAGGACCUGUUUGUUCUGAACACAGAGCAGCUGGAGUGGCAGAAAUGUGAGCUGAGAGGAGAAUCUCCUGCUGCUUGCAGAGGUCACACACUGACAGCACACCAUGAUAAGGACAUCUACCUGUUUGGUGGCAAAAGCACAAAUGAAGACGGGACGGAGACAUCGUCCAAUCAGAUCCAUAAACUCAGCAUCGCAAAAAAGAAGUGGAAAGUUCCUCUUUAUGUCGGGAUUCCUCCGACUCGUCGCCACGGCCACGCUGCCUUCAUCCUCCACAGCCACCUCUAUGUGUUUGGUGGGAGGAACGAAGAGCAGGAUUUCGGCGACCUGAAGGUGAUGAAGCUCAUUAACCCGUCUGAGAGACAACCAGUGAUGAAGGAGAUUCUGUCAGAGUUCGGCCUGCAGGGCAUCAGCCACAGUUUCACACCCACCAAAGUCCCCAAUGUCCGCUACGAGCUGAGUGAGUCAGCUCCGCCCACCCAGCCCAGGGCUGCAGCAGCACAGCUACAGGCGUUUACCCACAGGGACUUCUGUGUGGUCCAGGAUCAGGCCAUGAAGAUGAUCCAAGCAGCUUUCAGCCUGUUGGACCAGGAGUUCCGCAGACUGGAUCGGGAGAAGUCAGAACUUUUCAAAGCUUCUGCAGUUCUGCAACGAGACAAAGAAGCUCAUGAAGCUCAGAGAAAGCAACAGCAACAGGAGCUUAAGGAAAUGCUGGAAAAGCAUCGCUCCCAAAAUGAGGCCUGGCUCCAAGCGAGAGCCGAGGAGAACGACCGAGAGAGGAGGGAACUCUGCAGGCUCAGAGAGGAGGUUUCACAGGAGCAGGAGAAGCUGAAGGAAGAGCAGACCAUCAUCCAGAAACGCAGCGAACAUCUUCUGUCCAUCAUGCAGCAGUUUAAAUGAAUGUGAGAGAACCAGACUGAUAAAUAAACGAUAAAGGUUUACUUUUAUUUGUUCUGUAAAACGAACCAAACAUUGUCUUGAAGUAAAACGUAAAAUAUUAGACUGUCUCCUUAGUUUACAAAGAUGUCACUGUGGGGUCUGUACCACAUCAGCUAAUCAGAGUACUACUAUACAGAGUACUACUAAUCAGAGUACUACUAUACAGAGUACUACCAAUCAGAGUACUACUAUACAGAGUACUACUAAUCAGAGUACUACUAUACAGAGUACUACUAAUCAGAGUACUACUAAUCAGAGUACUACUAAUCAGGGCACUACUAUACAGCGUACUACUAUACAGAGUAAAACAGUACUGCUGCAUAAAUCCAUUUUAUUUCAAAUUAAAGCUCAUAUUUAACCUUUCAUGGUUUGAAUUGUACCACACACACACACACACACACACACACACACACACACACACACACACACACACACACACACACACACACACACACACACACACACACACACACACACACACACACACUUUAGGCUUAAACAACCUUUCUGUCACGGUGUAGGAGGUGGAGAUGAUGGACCAUGUGUGGUUGAGCUGAGCAGGAGGAAAAAUGCAGGCUUCAGUAAAAGUUAAAAUGGUUUAAUGGCAGGAUGAGAUGAACAGGAACACCAACAAACAACAACAAUGAACUGACAAAGGACAGGGGCAAAACAGGUGGUUUAAGUACAGAGGGCUAAUUAGGGAAACAUGGGCAGGUAAACGAGGGACAGGUGAGAACAAUAAGGGUAAUCAUGGCAGGAGAGGAACACAGUCAGGCGGGCAGGGGCAGAUCGUGACAUUUCCUGUGUUAAAAAGAACUAAAUGAUGUAAUCAGAGGAAACAAACAUGAAUAAACAAAAGGAUGUUUCUUGUGCUGCGCUGUAACUGCUCACUCUUUAACUUUGUGUUUAUAUUUUAUUCUUACAUCUAAUUUUAUUUGUGUAUUUUAUAAUUUGCUGUUUUGUGUUGCCACAUAGAUUUAAAUAUUUUACGCUCUUGCACCUGGAAAACGGUGAAUUGCUUCUGUGUGUGAAACGUGCUGCAGAAAUAAAGCUGCUUGCCUUUUAGAAGGGAAGGCUGAAAGAUCA